CAUUUAGAUACAGUGAAGGUGAAAUAAGGUUUAACUUGAUGGCUAUUGUGUCUGACAGGAAGAUGAUAUAUGAGCAAAGGAUUGCAGAGCUACAGCAGCAACUGGCAGAGGAGGAGCCUAUGGAUACAGACCAAAGUAGUAAUAUGUUAAGUUCUUUACAAUCAGAAGUUGCAAAAUACCAGAUGUUAAUUGAAGAAGAGAACCAAAAAUUAAAAAGAUAUAAGAUUGAAAAUAUUAGAAGAAAACAUAACUACCUGCCUUUCAUCAUGGAAUUGUUAAAGACUCUAGCAGAGCACCAGCAGUUAAUACCAUUAGUAGAAAAAGUGAGUAUUUCCUAGCUGAUAGUAUAUUACUAUAAUUCUUCAUACCUCCUCUUUUAAAUAAACAAGCCCAUGUCAUUUAUUCUUCCAAGAUCUUUGGCCAGGGAAGGCUCCCCACGGUCCUGUGGCUGCUGUAGUAGGUGGUGACUGCGUAGUGGCAGCCGUGGCACAGUGCUGGGAAUUCAAUCCCUCCUUUCUCAUUGCUCUCGUGCUCAUUUACUGGCUUGGGUUUCCCCCUUUCUAAGG